GUAACGGGUAUUGUUGUUUGUCCCAUUUAAAACACCGGCGUGAUCUCUCUCUCUCUCUCUAUUUUUAUUAUAAUCACCCAAGUGCCUUUUUUUCUUCUUCUUUUUUUCUUGUUUUAAACACACUGUAAUUCACCUCCUUUAUAGAAGGCUUCUUCAUGACGAUACCAACACAGCCCUCGCAAGGUGAUCGGAGGAGACCAUCUGUCUCUACUUCGUCAUUGCCCAAUGUAGGACCUCCGUUUGGACAUCGCUUACCAACCUUGACACAACAUACACCCACCUAUCGCACGGUUAGUCCGCCUUAUCAGUCCAUGUAUGCACCCUACCUUGCUUCUCCCACAGCUACUGCUACUGCUGCUAUCGGUGGUCCCACCACUGGAGGAGGAGGAGGUCUAGUGACUGCCAACCACAAACAAGAUAACAGUCCAUCUUCACCCACAAAUGCCUAUCGACCUUUAAACGUGAUUGAUGCUUUAGCCUAUCUGGACAAGGUCAAGGGACAGUUUACAGACAAGCCCAACGUCUAUAAUCAAUUUCUAGAUAUUAUGAAGGAUUUUAAAAGUCAAUCGAUUGAUACGCCAGGUGUGAUUGAUCGUGUGUCGAGUUUAUUUAAAGGUCAUCCUUUAUUGAUUUCUGGCUUCAAUACGUUUUUACCAGCAGGGUAUCGUAUCGAGUGUUCGAUUGAUCCGCGUGAUCCAAACCGAAUUAUCGUGACAACACCCAAUGGUCAUACCACGACAUCUACUACCACUACUGCAGAGGAAAUGUUGAAAAUCAAUACACCUUCUUAUCAUUCACCUUAUUAUCCUCCUUAUUACUCAUCGAUUAUACCACCACCACCACCACCACAAGCAUCUUCUCCACCACCACCUCCACCGCCACAAACAUCAUUAGCCCCACCACCCAUAACAUCUCCACCUGCAUCUUCAUCGAAACCACCUGUUGAAUUCAAUCAUGCCAUCAACUAUGUCAACCGAAUCAAGAACCGGUUUGCACAUAAUCCAGGCAUCUAUAAACAAUUUCUUGAAAUAUUACAAACAUAUCAAAAGGAACAGAAACCGAUCAGUGAAGUCUAUUCACAUGUACAGUACCUUUUUCAAGGCUCACGUGAUCUUUUAGAAGAGUUCAAGCAGUUUCUUCCCGAAAUGGCUCUUAUUGCAGAAGACGAAAAGCCUUUAGUGAAGAAGACCUCUUCUGCUACCCUUAUGACGAGCAAGAAAAAGCAGUCGCAGCAGUCGCAACAGCAACCACAGCAUCAACCGCAGCCGCAGCCGCAGCAGCAGGGAUCGUUUGAUCCUACCAAACCCAGUGUGUCUUUACAGGAAACCGAUUUAUUCGACCGCAUCAAGAAACAUAUCGGUACAAAGCCUUCCUAUGAAGAAUUUUUAAAGACCUUGAAUUUAUACACGCAACAGAUCGUGGAUCUGGAUACCCUCAUGAUCCAACUCAAGCCUUUCCUGGGUUCCGAUCAGGAACUGUUUGCAGCCUUUCAAUCCGCUGUAGGCUACACACCCGUUUCCUUCUCCAUUGAAAAACCCACCACGUUUGCUCCAAAACCGGAUUUACUGACCUGCAAGAAAGUCGCUUCCAGCGCAAGUUACCGUCAAGUCCCCAAAGACUGGCAAAAUCAACCUUGCUCGGGGAGAGACCAGAUGUGUUGGGAAGUACUAAACGAUGAAUACGCUUCACACCCUAUAUGGAACAGCGAAGACAGUGGAUUUGUAGCAUCGAAAAAGAACAGUUACGAAGAAGCCCUACAUCGAUGUGAAGAAGAGCGGUACGAAUACGAUCUUAAUAUCGAGGCCAAUUUGAACACGAUUGCUCUGAUGGAACCCAUUGCACUCGAGAUCGAAUCCAUGACAACGGAACAGCAGGCUCUAUUUCGACUGACACCGGGUCUAGGUGGUGAAACAGUGUCAAUUUACGAACGCAUGAUUAAGAAAGUAUAUGACCAUGACCGAGGGACAGAGAUCAUUCAAAUGCUGUACACGAAACCCGCCACUGUCCUGCCUGUACUUUUGAAACGGCUCAAGAUGAAGGACCGUGAGUGGAAAAAAGCACAACGUGAUUGGAACAAGAUCUGGCGAGAAUUGGAUGCCAAAAACUUUUACCGGUCGUUGGAUUACCAAGGCACGAGCUUCAAAUCCAAUGAUAAAAAGGCGUUUGUGAAUAAAACGUUGAUUGGUGAGAUACAGGAGCAACAACAACAGGUGUUUACAUUUACGGAUGAACAGAUUGUGCAUGAUAUUUCAAGGUGCAUCUUUUCGUUUAUUGAGCAUCAGACGGGGUUUGCAAAGAGUGAUAAACAAAAAAUUCGCAUCUUUUUAAGAACGUUUUUACCCAACUUCUUUUAUACGAGCGAGGAAUCAUUGGAUGUAGACAUGGAUGGUGUCUCUUCCUCAUCAUCGUCAUCAGAAGAAGAAGAGGGGGAAAGCUCGGAUAGUGGCCCCGCUUUACAUUUGGUGAAAUUGGAUAUGCAUGAACAACUGGAUUUAUUCUCGGUGGGAAAGAAACCGUCCAUCUUUUUCUGUCAUUCGCAUUAUUACUGCCUGAUACGUCUUUAUCAGCUUUUAUAUGAUCGUUUGGCUCGCAUGAAGGCCUUGAACGUUCAAAGCGAUACAAAACUACAGGGGAAAAACAAGACUGCUUUGGAGCUUGAUUUAUACACGAAUCGAUUCGAAGACAUGGAUUUGAGCAAAGGGAGUUAUGCAGCACUUCUGGACACGAUUGAGCAUUUGUUUGAAGGAGAAAUUGACUCGGCCACAUUUGAAGAAGCGGUACGAUACUUGUUUGGGAUAGAAGCUUAUACGAUGUUUACGGUUGAUAAAGUUGUACAAGCCCUUAUCAAGGGGAUCCAAACCGUGCUUUCUGAUAAGAAAUCUAUCCAACUUGCUCACUUGUUUCGUCAGUAUAUUAAUGGACAUCAACCUCUUUCUGUCUAUCGCAAUAUGGCAGAAGAUAUCUUGCUAGGUGGAUCCGACGACACACUGUUCAAAAUCAACCUCGUAAGUUUCUAAAGUAUUAUUAUAUAUCUCUUUUAGGCUUUUAAUAUUAGUGUGUGUAAAAAAAAAAAAAAUAGGAUGCGGAUAGACAGAUGACUUCGAUUCAGUUAUUAGACAAGGAACAAAGCCCGUUUUCGCAGGGGGAGGAAUAUCAGAAUUACAUGACGCAUUAUGUUGAUUGGUCCAACCCAACGCACGGUAUUGAUCCACGUUUAUUAAAACCAUCCUUUCUGAAGCGAAACUUGUCUAAACAAGGCAGUCGUGGUACAGAGACUUUGGUUCGAUCUAAAUUACGUUACAGGAUUCAAGAAGAGUCUUACCAUAUGUACUAUAUCGUGGGUUCCGAAGAUGCGUUUUUCAAACCUUCUUGUAAAGGACAAAAGAGAAAAGAAACUGCAUUUCGUUGGCAAGAUUUAAUAAAAUCCACAGCUUAAAAAAGAGAGAAAAAUUGACAACAAGAGUUAAUAAUUUUUAACAACAAUAAUAAUAAUUUAUGACAACAAAAG